AUGAUUGAUUUUACAUGGUAUGGAAAAAAAGUACUCGAAAAUUAAGACAGUCAUUUCAGUUCAGCAGACAGCUAAGAAAGCCUGCAAAAUAAUAGAAGCAGGUAACAUACUAGAAGAAUGAGCUUAAAUUAAACACCUUUCUUCAAUCAUAUGAAUUAAGAUUAGGAAGAAAUAAAUUCAAUAUAAUAAAAGGAAGAAGGUUUAAAAACUCCUUUAAGUGCCAGAAAUUCUACCAAAAAAGAACAUUCAUAUAGUGUUAACAAAAAUAAAGAUUAAUUGAAAGACAUUAUGAAAGAUUAUCCAUAAUUUAAUAGUUAAGUAGCAGCUGAUUAUUUUUUAAACUUAAAUAAUUCUAGGUUGCAAUCAUUCCAUAACAAAUAAAUGAAGAAAUCUUCGUAAAAGCUAGAUAGUUCAGAUAGAAAUAACUCUAUUAAAAGUUAGAAAUAAAAUCAUGAUUAAAAUUAAGAUGAAAAUAUCAGCAUGCUUGAUAGUUUAGAGAGAGAUUUCAAUAUAUAAAAUGAAAUUUAUAAACUCAGAUACCAAAAAAUUUCUUUUCCCUAAAAGUAUAAUUAAUAAAGCUAAGAUUAAAGUUCUUUAAGAAAUCUAUUAAAUAGAAUGCCUUUAAAUACAAUAUCAAGAAAUAGCAUUGAAUAGUUGAAAAAAAAUGACUAAAUUGAGUAGGGUGAUGAUACUACAGUUACAAUAAAAAUGCCUAAAUUAACAAGUGAAAAUACUUAAAUACUAGAAAUACCAUAAAUAACUCCAAGGAGAGGUUAGAUUCAAUAAAUUAAAUAAAACCCAAACAACUCAGAAUCAAACAAGAAAAUUUAUAAAAAUCCUUAAAAUAUACCAAAAGAAUAAUAACUUUCAAAUUAGUAAAGACAACGAAGAACUUCAUUUGAUAGAGAUUCUGAUUUAUAAAGCUUCUCUAAAUAAAAUAGAAAUUCAAUAAAUAGCUUAGAUUCUAAAUAGUUUUAAUAAAAAAAUGUUUAAAAUGCUUUAAAAAAUAAUUACUUCAUGAAAGAAUAAAAUAAAUAAUAUAUUAAUAGAGAAAAUAAUUUUAAAAAUAUAACUUAAUCGACUAACAGUGAAAUAUAGAAUGAUGAAGAUGAUAGUAAAAGCUUAAAUUUGGUUUAGCAAAAGAUUAGUAAAAGAUAACAAAUUUCAAACCAUAACAAAUCAAACGAAGAAGUUAUUCAAGAAAUUUAUAAAGAUAUAAAGGAAAACAACAACAAUAAAAACGACUCUUACUCAAAAGAAAGCAUGACGGAAAAAAAUAAAUAAGAAGAAAAAUAUAACGAAUAAUAAUAGAAAGAGUUGAACAGAUUUAUCUAUAAAAUACAAAAAUAAGUAGGUAAUUACAGAUAUAGUGAAGCUAUUUAAAAAUUUUAUGAGUUUGAAAAGAAAUAUUCUAUUGAUUCAGUUAAUUAGUAAUCGUAGUUAGGUAAUUCUAGCAACAACAUGAAAAAAUCUAUAUAAUUUGCAUAUGCUACUUAAUAAUCAGUAAAUUAGUCUAAGCGUUCAAAAAAUGAAAACUAAACUUUAGAUACAAUGAACAGUUCAUAAAGUUAGCAAAAUUCUUAAAUCAUAGAAAAAUAAAAAAAAAACAAUGAAAUGAAAUAAAGUGUAAAAAGUUAAACAAGUUAAACAAUUUAAGAAAUAACUUAACAAGAUUAAUAUUUGGAUCAAAUGGAUUCGAAAAUAAACAAAGCUUUCUAAGAGCAAAGAAGAUAAUCAAACACAUAGAAAAAUAAAUUAUUACAAAGUAAUGGUAAGGAACAAUUACAAAACUUAGUUUAAAAUAGGGCAAACAGCCAAGAUUUCUAAAAAAGACAAGAAAAUUUAGAUCAAAAUUAAAUGACAGACAAGAUAGACUUGAAGAAAUAUAAGAAUACUAAUAAUAGAAAUUCUUAGAACUAAUUAAGUCCAGAAAAGCUGAAGCUAUUAAGUGUGCCUCGCUACUUAUCAGAAAGAGCUUAAUAAAAAAAACUAAAAUAUUAAUUUUGUGGAAGAUAAAAAUGCUUUUCACCAGAUUAAAAUGAUUAAAAUAUUUAUAAAGAAUAUUAAAAUUUAUUAAAGACAAAUAAAAUAUGA